GUGUGUAUACGCCGGCACUGACGGAGAAUAACAAAUAGAUGCAAGAGAGAAAAAGGUCAAGCAAAAGAAAUAAGCUGCAAGAAACUGAUCAAACUCAGAACUAACAAUUCUCACUCAGCACACACACAGGUAACAGUUGUGGUGGAUUUUGGUUUUUCGUAAGAUGUCUAGCUCUCUACAGGAAGAAGAGGAAUUGCCCGCCAAUUACACAGGUCCCAAAGGUGUAAUUAAUGACUGGCGGAGGUUUAAGUUGGACACUGUGGAUCAGGCUCUCCCUCAAAACAAGAGGGAGCUGCUGAGACAGAUGUCCAUUCCCCGAGAAGAGGACAAGGAGAGACACAACAGAAAGAUGAGCGCUCAGGAGUACGAGCUGAUCCGAGAGGAGGACGAACGCAGCCUGAAACGCUACAGGAAGCAAUGCAUGCAGGAAAUGCACGAGCGCCUCAGCUUCGGCCCGACGUUUGACACCGUCAAUGAGCUGGAGAGCGGGGAGGCCUUUCUGGAAGUGAUCGAGAAGGAACAUCAGCUGACCCUGGUGGUCGUCCAUGUUUACGAGCAAGAUGUCAAAGGCUGUGAACAGUUGAACUCAUGUCUGGACUGCCUGGCGUUGGAGUACUCCAGUAUUAAAUUCUGUCGCAUUGAUGCCGUGGCAACGGGUGCUGCUGAGCGCUUCUCCUCUGAGGUUCUCCCUGCGCUGCUGGUGUACAAGGCAGGCGAGCUACUGGGAAACUUCCUGGCUGUCACCAAAAACUUCCAAGAAGAGUUCUUUGCCACCGAUGUGGAGGCUUUUCUUAACGAAUAUGGCCUCUUACCCGAGAAGGACUGCACUGCCUGUGCCGACGAGGACGAUGAGGAAGGCGACGUGGAAUAGAGGGAGGAGCAAAAAUGGGUGAUUGGUGAAGGGGGGAAGAGUAAAGGGAGGAGGAAACAGGAAAAGGAGGUAUAAAGUGAUGUGAGUAAAAGAAAGGAGGAAGUGGAGUGAGACAGUCAGAUAUUGUUGCAGUAAUUCACAUGAGUAAAAGAAAGCUGGCUACAUUAUUAGGUACACCUCUUCUACUGGAAGUUCCAAAGUUCAAACUAAGGAGAAGAGGAAAGGUGAUUUAAGUGACCUUGACCGUGGCAUGAGUGUUGAAUAUUUCAGAAACUGUUGAUCUGCUAGGUUUUUCAUUCAGAACCAUCUCUGCAGUUUGCAGACAAUGGCCACCAGAGGUCACAGGGGAAUACAAGGUAUUGGUUGGAAACUAUAAAAAAAGACAACGUUAAUAAAAUAAACCACAAAUAAAUCACUAACUGAACCUUGUCAAACCUGGAAGCAAAUGAAGGAAAACCACGUCAGGUAAAGCUCCUUCUGCCUCCUUUUAAGGCAUCAUUUGUACCUAAUAAAGUGGCCAGUGAAUGUAUACACUAACGCACAACAGUAAGCAUCCACUGACACGCACCAAAUUUAAGAAAGUAGGUAAAUAAAGCUUAAUUUAUGUUGCACUUUUAUGUUGCAUUAAAAAAUUCCUCCCAUUUCCCCCCUAUAUAAUAUACAAUUAAAUAAAAUUAAACCCUUGUUCUAGGGACGAAAAGACUGGGAAAAUGUGUUUUGAGAUGUAAAAAAAAAAAGAUGUGAUGAGGAUUUGAUUAAUCAUAGGGCAGUUCAGAGAAAGCAGGCACCACUACACCGAUAAAAAACCUUCCUACACUGCAAAGAAACCCCCAAAACAU